GCUCACAGACAGAGGGUCCAACCUGGGAGGUCCUCUCCUAGUUCUUCUUUCCUGACCCCCUUGGGGGCUAAACGUCCUGGGUCCUCUGCCUCUCUGGGACUAUUGCUCCAGAGUCAAUACUGUUUUUCCACCAAAAGAACCUGGGCAUCACAAAACCCUUGCUAGGGCAGGGAGAGGCCGGGACAGACGUCACUACUGUGUAAUCAUGGCUUUGGACUGGCGGGACCUAUGAACAAUGCGAAAAUGAGUAGACUGUUCCUUUGUAGUCUCAUUGUCACCGCUGACGUUCCCUUGAUGUGCUCACAAAUCUCUCUGAGAACAUCGCCCUGGACCCCCGAUGCGGCUGCCUGAGCAACCUGGAGAGGGGAAGCCUGAGAAUGAGGAAAAGGGGGGCAGAGGAGCCCCUGGAGGGGGAGAGGAGCCGCCGAGGAGCCAGGCCCCCGACUUCCCCACUUGGGAGAAGAUGCCUUUCCACCAUGUGACCGCUGGCCUGUUGUACAAGGGGAAUUACCUCAACCGCUCUCUCUCUGCUGGCAGUGACAGUGAGCAGCUUGCUAAUAUCUCUGUGGAGGAGCUUGAUGAAAUCCGAGAGGCCUUUCGGGUUCUGGACCGAGAUGGAAAUGGCUUCAUCUCCAAGCAGGAGCUGGGAAUGGCCAUGCGCUCUCUGGGGUACAUGCCGAGUGAAGUGGAGCUGGCCAUCAUCAUGCAGCGCCUAGACAUGGACGGGGAUGGCCAGGUGGAUUUUGAUGAAUUCAUGACAAUUCUUGGCCCCAAACUGGUGUCUUCAGAAGGCCGUGAUGGUUUUCUUGGAAACACAAUAGAUAGCAUAUUCUGGCAGUUUGACAUGCAAAGGAUAACUCUGGAAGAGUUGAAGCACAUCCUCUAUCAUGCCUUCCGGGACCACUUAACAAUGAAAGACAUUGAGAACAUCAUCAUCAAUGAGGAGGAGAGCCUGAAUGAUACCUCGGGGAACUGCCAGACAGAGUUUGAAGGCGUGCAUUCCCAGAAACAGAACAGACAGACCUGCGUCCGGAAGAGCCUCAUCUGCGCCUUUGCCAUGGCCUUCAUCAUAAGCGUCAUGCUGAUUGCGGCCAACCAGAUCCUGCGGAGCGGCAUGGAGUAGCAGCCUCCAGCCACCACACUGCUGCUGCCCCUGCUCCCUGCGCAUGCGCAUGCCCUGCGGGCAGACUCGGUUCCUCCUCAAAAGCAGAUUUGGACGCAGUGGCACAAUUCAGUGAAGAACCCAAGGUUGCAGAGCAACAGGUGUUGCAAGGCCACUUCAUCUCCUUGGCAGGGACACAAAAGGGCUGUCUCAAAUGCUUUAAUGGUUUUGUUUCCCAAUGCAAUAAAAUAGCCAGGAGUUCCGAAUGAUUGCUUCAACCACUUGCAGGAACUCUGAAGAUAAACUACAUUUUCAUCGCGGAAUUCCAAUGGCCAUCCAGGCCAAUGGUGUGAGAGAGCAAGAGAGGGGCGUGAACACGCAGUCACCUCUACACCCCAUUCUUUCAACCCAUUGGGCAACUGGACAACCCUAAGGGUAACCCAAGGGGCUGACUUUGGGGUUGCUGCAGAAAAAAGGCUCUCCUUCUGACCCUGGCUUCCUUCCUCCACCUAGCGGAGCCUUGCAAGGCAUGGGAGGAAAGCCACCGGAUGGGGUGCAGGACCUGGCGGCCUGCAGCUGCUCCCAUGCUUCCGUUCUUACUGCCUUUCUACAGGACUCUUGGCAGAGUUGGGGAGUUCUCGGUUUCCAUCUGUACUUGGCUUUCUGUUCCUAGAGCCCAUCACGCACCAGCAUUUUGGAAUCUGCAGAGAGCCUUCCUCCCAGCUUUGCUGCCUGUGCUGCCAUUAAAGAAAAAAGAAGCAUAAUCGUGGGCAUCUCUAUAAUAACAUAGACAGGUAGACAGAUGUAUCUAUUUGGCUUCUUCAUCUGUGACAUCGUUCUUCCCUAUUCACUUACUCCUGAUAUAAGCUUGUCCUCUGACACAGUCCCUACCUCCUUUGGCUAGGAGACAUAGUUUGGGGGACAGGGGACUGAGACGGGUGGUGAGGCAGUGUUACAGCCCACACCCCAGUCGUCAGAACUGAUGGAGCCGCACACAUUUCCCUGCCAGAAGACCUCUGUAAGUUAAGGUCCUUGUGCAUCUUACCUUCUUCUCAUCUAACGGUUUGCUUUGUAAGUUAGUCUUCCCCAGAUAAAAAGAGGAGUAUAAUUCAGAGUGGAAAGAUGGAAAGAUCAAACUACUGUAUUUUACAUAAUAACUUCAGGCAUUUAGAUUUUGCAACUGACUCAUUUCCAUGAGAAAAGACAAAAAGAUGUUAAUAAGCUUAGCCAACAGGACAGGUAAUUUACUCCUGCCUGCAGAAUACUUCUGUUGGGGAAGGAAACUGAAUCCAAUAGCCUGUUUUCAACACCAUUUCAAGUCUGUAAUAUCCUGACUUUUCCUAAAUGUCAUAUCAGUCACCACUGUUAAUUUGAGCUUGCAUAGUCUGAUUAGCCAAUAAUAUUUCAAUGGAAUAUUUCCCUUUGUACUUUUCCAAGCUCAGGUCCUUAUUUCUAAGGAAUUGUCUUGCUCCUCUUUCUUCCCAGUGCACCCAAAAGCUACAUGCUUUCCCCUUUCUUCCAAUAUUGAGGCUCUAGAAUCUUUCCUCUCUCACUGCAGCCAGGUGGGCUACUUGGUGCAGUGUGUGCUCCUGAACCUCUCUCUCCCCAGCCUCCCCUUCCUCUCUGCUUUCUCCCUACUGCCUUCUCAGACUUGGAGCAUCCAAGGUCUCAGUUUUGGGUCUUCUUUCAAAUCACCUCUGCAAGCACUUCAGGCAACAGCCUGGGGGUAACUGUAGGAAUUUCCCCACUGUGGGAAACUGAGAAUAUUCAUGAAUAGCACAAGAAAAACUAGGGUUUGAGCCAUAGUAUGGAGGAAGAAGCAGGUGUAAGCUUUCGAGAGCCCAGGAGUUUGAGAGACUCUCUGUGAAAAUGCCUGGGGUCUCACAUAUCCAGUCCAGGAAAGUGCCAGCCUGCCUGUCCCUCUUGCCUGCCCUGCCCUGUCACAGUACACCCCACAUACUGCCUCUUUCUCUCUCCCCUGGCCUGACUCAGCACACACCACCACUGCCCCCUCCAUCAGAAUCCUGAAUGAGAACAGGUCCAAACACAGAAGUCUAAUAAGACAGCUUCAUCAUUAGCUCCUGCCCAAAGCAGUUGCCCCCCUUCUCAACUGUACUUGGGUGGAAAGGACUCCCUGAACCACUAGACCACAUCAGACUAGGGAGGGGAGUGCAGGAUCCUAAGUAGACUGGAUAGAGACCCUAAGGAUGAUUCUUAAAGGACUAUGCCCCAUGAGUGGGGAUUGCAAUGUUAUAGGUAAGGCUAAAAAUGAAUACUUCUUCAAAGGCUGCUUUUCUGCCAGUUCUUUUGCCUUCCACUGGAGAAUGGGGACCCUGAAGAUGUGAGGGUUAGACUUUAUUGGAAGACAGAUUAGCCACCAUGCAAGGGGUGGAAAGUGAAAGUAGUUCUGGAGAGGGACUGACAGCCUGUUCCCCACAAAGUCCUCAGCAUCCUCUCCCCAAAGAGGACCUCUUUCCUCUCCCAGUGACCCAGUGACUGGGAAGUCAGCCAUCCUACCCAGGUGUGCAUCCAUUGUGGGGGUUGCUAGGGAGGGAGGACACAAAGGAAGGUACAGAACUCUCUUUGAUGGGCUGAAAGUCAACUUCCUCCACGGUGACCUCACAGGUGCCACCCACAGCCUGCAGUGUGUGGAGACAACCCAGGGCAGUGGCAUUCCUGAGACUUCGGGGGCUGAGACCUCAUCCUAGUGAUUUGCACCCCAGCUACUUUGUCUGGAGGGUCAUCAGGCAGCCUGAGAUACUGACUUCCCACAGUUCCGCCCCAAGCCCUAUCCACACCAGUGCUACUCCAGGGUCCCCACCUGUCAGCACCUUCACCACCGGGGUUGCAAUGCUCAUAGUGAAGAUUCUGGAAGGUCUUGGUCCUCCAUGCUUUGUGGCCCCAGUGUGGAGAGGAGAGGAGUAAUCCCAACUCUUCCUCUGUGGUCCCAGCUAAUAGACAUAGGGGUCUAUUAUAGGACAGCUGAGUAACUAGCAAACUGAACUUGGCUCAUUCUCUUUGCAAGAAUGGGUGUCCCCCCAGACCACACAGUGAUGAUCAAGGAGGUAUUUUGCUUGUGAUACAAGGGAUACAGACCCUGAUGCCUUUGGCCUCCAAAUAACUGUCAUUCAUCACUCUAGAAGCAGACAGAGCCCCUAAACAGGACCCAGCAUGGAAAUGAUUAGCAGUGGCUUCCAGAAUGUGUGUGGGUCUCAUGUGACCAGUAUGUAAAAAAAAAAAAAAAAAAAAAAAGAGGUGUUGCCAUGGCAACCCUUGCAUUCCACCCUGAGUUUGCCAAGGCACAUAAAAAUAGGGAACAUUUUCUUAAAGAACACUUGGGUUCUGCCUGAUUGCAACCUGACUCCCUGCAUCCAUAUCCUGCUGGUGGGAGAAAUUACCCUUAAAAAAUCUCAUGGUUUCUCUGCCUCUUUCUUUUGUAUUUGAACCUACCCUUCCAUUUGCUCAGGAGAACAAGGAGCUACCUGUGAGACAGGUGGUAUCCUUCCCACUCUCCCCCACCCCUACCUCCCACAGUCCAGAGCAAAGACCUCUUAAUCUGGGUGAAAAGUCAGAAAUGUCAUCUGGAAGGCAAAAAAUAUUUUAAGCCUCACCUCAGUCUUCAAAAGCAUCUAUUUGCUGGUUAAGAAGCUCUUCCACAAGCCAGAAAUGUGAAGUGAACCGAGGCUGGCGUGUGGUCUUGGGCAAGUCCAGUGGUUUCAGAAGAUUUUAGGUGUUUUAUUUGCAGAGAAGAUGUAUCCUGUUAAUCUUUAUUCUUGACACCUGCUCCUCCCUCAGAUUUCACAUGACAAAUGGUCCACUCCAGCAGUUUUCAAUCUUUUUCGUCUCGUGGCACAUAUAAACUUCUUACUAAAGUUCUAUGUCACACAUACACGAAAUUAUGUCUUUGCUGAUCAGACAAAAAAAAUAGGUAUAAUUUUAAUUCAUGCACACCAGAUGGCUACUCUUGUGUUGGCUGUUGUCAUUUUUUUAUUUGACAGUCUAAGGGAAAAGAGGUCAGUGCCCCUGACUACAUAGUCAGGUAUGGCCUGUUAUAAAAAUUCUUGUGGCACACCAGUUGAAAAUCACUGGUCUACUCUCUUAUAGUUAGCCAAAAGAACCUAAUGAACUUUGACAAUAAUGCCCUUCCACCUCCCAUCCACAGAAUUAUAAAGUCAUAUAUCUAAGAACUGGGAGAAAUAAAUUUACCUUUUAAUUCAAAUGCCUUUUCUAGGCUUAAGUCAAGACUCAGAUCAUAAAUCAAAGAGACCUUUGCUCUCCGCCGGUAGCUCAGGCUUCCCUGGGACGAUAUGAAAGCAUGACCAGAAGAGUCAGGGUGUGACUGCCCGGCACAGCCCCUUGGCUGGGCUGGCCUGGCCACGGUGGCCACGUGCCAUGGAACUCUGUCCUGCUCUGCUCUUGUUCUCCAUCCCUGUGGAAGAUGCUGAACUCUGCUUCUCCCAGCUGGAAGUCGGAAACCAUACUGAGUUAUUUUACUGCACGAUUUCUCUGAUGGCCCAGAGUAAUCAUCUUAUUCACCCUGUUCCACUGAGAUAUAGAGAAGGUCUUGAACCCCACUGUGAAAAGGAGGUACCCCUUUUUAUGAUGUCAUGGUGAUGCAGAUGGACUGAGCUUAAGCUUCUAGACUUUAGCACAUACUGGUUACAUUACCAGGAGGACUGCAGAGCUGCCUUCCCCAGAGAACGUCUGUCUGAAAUGACCGCAGAUCAGAACUUUCACAUGGCCUCUUCAGUGACCUCUCAGGGCUAAAAGUCUGUAAUCUGAAGGCCUUGCCAUAGCCAUCCUCCCUCACCACCUCAUAGCUCAACUCCCCCAGAAGGGAAAAAAUCCAUCAGAGAUAGAAAAGAAGCAUUAUUCAGCAGCUAGGGUUUUCAACUUAAAUUAUUUAAAGCGAUGGCAAAAUAGAGGAGGAUUUGGGCUGCUUAUUACAGACCCUGUCUCCAUAACAAUUCAAAUGUCAGAACUGUUCAGCUUCACUUCAUACUUCCUUUGACUAAAUCACUCAGGGGACUGUCCUCAGUUAUGUGGCCUUGCUGGAGACACUGAUUUGGAGGAAUAAGGUCAAGUACACAAACCAGCCAAGCACUUCUCUUAGUAUCCUAAGCAAGUUGUAAUGCACACGGUCAUUUUUACAGCUAUGAUUUCUACUUAAUAUUGGUUUGGGGCCCUUUUAUAUGGUCUCCAGGGACAUUAUAAUAAUGCUCAAAAAGUCUUCAAGGCUAAAUUAAUUUGAUUCAGUUGGCUUGAAAUAUAGCCACAAAGAAUCAGGUUUUGCCAGUCCCACAAAGACAGUCUUCUGAAACUGGAAGAGACCUGGCCAGCCUCCUGUCCCUACACCUGCCUUGGGCAGCAUGCUGAGCACGCCCUGACCCCAUGCUGGUGUAGCCCCCACCACCUCUUUCCCUUGACCACGAUGGGUUUGCUUUCAAACCGAUGCUUCUGACAUUGUCCAAGUAAGAGGAGGCAGAGGCUGGAAUUUUCCAGUGGAGUAGAAGAUCUGGAUAAUGAGGAAAGAAUAUUCCCGGGGAUGAAAAAUUCAAGUGUGAUGUUGCUCCAUCUUGGGACCUGAGAGAGAAAAAGAAAGUUUUUAAAGGGCUGCAGAGGCUGCUCUCUGAACGUGCUCCUAUCUUAUCUGGCUUACUUUGGGAACAUACAGGGCAUUGAGUGCCACGGGGCUGCUGCCCAUCAACCUGAUCCCAGUGACGUGCACUGGGAACUUCAAGAGGAGGCUGGUAGCGCUCCUAUCCUUGGGGGAUGCUGACAUCUGCCAAGCCCAGAAUGCCUCUCCCAGAGCUCUCUGUCAGGGCUCAGGCCUGUUGAACUGAAGCCAGCAGAGCAGAGCAUAGGACCAGAAGUGUGGGCAGCACUGUCAGCUGGGAAGGGCACAGGAGGCAGGACCUCAGGUGCCCCUGCCACCCACCAGCCAGAUAAUUUUGAGUGACUUCCCUUCUUGGCCUCAGAUUUCUCAUCUCUAAAGCAAGAGGAAAGGUAAACCAGAUGACCAAGAAGAGUCCUCCCAUUGUGACUCUGUUCGAAACAGAUCAAAAUGAAUGCCCACACUUGAGAGGACCCUUACAUCCCCUAUGAAUCACAUUAGGAACUGGCAGUUGCUUUUUUAACCCAAGUGCCAAGAGGCAGUUAUAAUGAACUAUCUCUUUUGGUGUCCAUUGUCUAUACACGAAACAAUACAAAUUGGCUUACAUCAAAUGUGUUGUAUCUUGCGGGCAAGAGUUUUUAUUUACUUCCUAUGGUCUUGCUGGUUUAAGGGAGCAUCAGGGAUGUGUCCUAGCUUAGUCAGCGUGAAAAUCAAGGGGAUUUGAUUACCUUACCACAGGUCAUAUGAAUCAGAAUACAUGCAUAAGUAGGUGAAACAAAGCCAGAUUCUGGGAAAAGAUGCUUGCUUUUCCAUUUGAGAAAGCUCAAAGAAGAUAAUGAAUAAAGAGCACAACUUCCAAACAGUUCUUUCUUUCCUUUUUUUCUGGCCAUUGGAACAGUCGUUCCAGUCGUUCCAGUAUAUGUGAUCAUGGUUUGCAAUUAUUUGUAACACUGCAGAAGGAAGAGAGUCGUGAUCUCUCAUGGUUGUCAGGAAUUAGAUGAACAGUCUUGGGAGAGCAGCUGCCUACGAUUGCCCUUUAGCUGGCUGAUGAGCGAUGCUGUGCACAGGUGCCUGCUGCAGAUGCCGUCCCACCACGACGGGGGCAGAGGGCAGGGGGAGAACAGCUGCAGAAGCCCCAAGUCCCCAGGCCUCCUGCCCCAUAACAACAUCAACUCCUAGGUUUCUGUCCUUUUUUUCUCAGUUUUUCAUUGCUGUUCUUCCCUGGAAAGACCUCGAUUGGCCAGGAAAGUGCCCUUUCAGCUCCUGGUGGAAAUUUAAACAAGUCUGUGUUCCUCAGUUCUCUCCAAGAAAAAUCAAAGAAUAUUCUUUCUUUUUGACCUGGAAAUCAGGUUUCGGGGUCUUUGAAUGGCUUCUUAAUGGGGUUUGAUUUUCUUCCCCAAUUCUGAAUCCAGAAAGAAGCUAUUUGUCCAAGGACUAACCAAAGACGAUGCCCUUGGAGGAGAAUCAGACCCUAAAAUGUAGUCGGGGAGUGGGGUUGGCAACUGGUCAUCUACUGGGGGGAGUCGCUGUGAAUCUAGGGGUCAUUAGACCUGAGACGUGAAUUUUUUCUCAACGCACAGCAGUAAAUGGCGGAUGCAAACUGGAGUGCAGCUGAGGGCUAUUACGACCAGGACAACUGGAGCUUGGCAGCUCUCACAUCCGGAAUGGGCCAUGAGGACUGAAUUCCUGGGUCACAAUCUGCCCAUUUACCUCAUUCUCGUUCCAUUUUUCUUUCCAUUUAGUAUUGGUUGGCGAUUUCUGCUAUUCAGUGAUGAGAGAGUCAGCAGACUAAUCAAAAGAAUAUCUUUAUAUAAAAUGUAAAUAUUAAUAUAAAUUAACCUGGCAUGCAACUUACUGAUCCAAUGAAGCAUAUAUUAUUAAUACGUUAUCUCAGUGUAUAAAGGAAAACUGACUGCCAUAUUUACCAGAUGUUUUCUCUAACCUGUCUGUAAAUAUAUAAUCUGUAUAAAAAAGAGUCUAAUUUACCAUUAUUUAUGCAAUAGAAAAAAUAAAAGUUUUUUUUUUCUUUUGA